GAUAUGAUUUCAACACAAUUGAGCCGCGCCAUUGGGUGGCAAAGGUCAUAGCAAAUUCUCCGAGGUGGGUAGCAUUGAUGUCUUCGAAGCUUAUUCUCUCGUUGUGUUUCACUACCAGAAUUAAAUUCUGCACUUCCCGCUUGUACGAUCUACACCGCUGUCGUACACUGUUCCCGAGAAGGGCAUCUUUUUUCCGUUGCCUAUCUGUAUGUAGUACUUAAUCUCUGGGUGCCACCCUGAGAAGCUCAGCGUAUAUCUGCUUCUUGGCUCUCAUUGUUUGUUUGUGUUUAAGCUUUUCCUGAUUUUCCGUGUUGUGAUUUUCUGGUUUCAGAAAUCGGUCAGUGCAAGAUGGGUUUGAAGUUCGACGAGACCACUCCACUCAUCAAGGAGAUUGAUAUCCAGUCAGAGUAUUCUGCUCUUCACACAGAAUUCGAACAUCACCUGGGCGUUUGGCAAGCAAUCAAGGUCUACAGUCCUGCUGUGUUCUGGUGUAUCAUUGUUUCCUUGACAGUGGUAUUGAAUGGAUUUGACAAUGCCUUGAUUGGGAGCUUGAUCAGUGUCGAGUCUUUCACCCAGCAAUUCGGCCGACCUUAUGGGGAUGUAUACGUUAUCAGUGCUGCGUGGCUGGGAGCAUUUAACUAUGCUGCUAUGCUUGGUGGCGCCAUUGGUUCUCUAGCGGCUGGUAUCCUGUAUGAUAGACUGGGGCCGAAGAGGACCCUCGGGUUAUGUGUGUUCGGCUCGAUUGGUGCGACGAUCAUCCAGUUCUUCAGCACCACUCCUGCUGUACUUUUCUUGGGCUUGCUCCUAAACGGGACGCUCGUUGGAUUCUUCCCAGUCGUUGCUUCGGCUUACAUUGGUGAAGUUUGUCCUGUCGUGCUGAGAGGCAUCAUGGGUUCCAUGGUCAAUUUGGGGUUCGUCGUGGGACAAUUGAUCGCUUCCGGACUUUUGAAAGCCACGGAGAACAUGACCUCGGAAUGGGAGUACAAGAUGCCCCUUGCUUCUCAAUGGAUCCUUCCAGUUGUUUUAAUGCUGUUCUUACCCAUAAUGCCAGCAUCACCAUGGUGGCUCGUUCGGAAAGGAAAGGUCGAAAAGGCCGAGAAAGCGUUGAAGAAGCUGUCAACGAAAGCAGUAAACACAAGGAACGCUCUCGCCAACAUCGAGGAGACUCUUUCCCAUGAACAGAACUCCGGCGAACAGGUGAAUGUCUUGGAUUGCUUCAGAGGCACAAACCUACGACGUCUCAUCAUUGCGGUCAUGGCAUAUCAACUUCAACCCCUGACUGGAAACGUCUUCUUCAUCACUUAUUCAGUGUACUUCUUCACGAACGCUGGACUCAGUCUCUCGGAUGCCUUUUCGUUGAAACUUUGGUUGACUAUUGCUGGAUUCUUCGCGACUAUCCUUGCUUGGCCAGUCAUGUCUUGGACCGGACGCAGACCAAUCCUCAUUAUUGGUACGGCAUUCCUCACGAUGACCAUGUUCUUGAUUGGUGUUUUGGAUCUCGACUUUGUUCGGACCUCAUCAUCAAUCUACACACAAUCUAUGCUGAUGGUCUUUGCAACCAUUGUGUAUGAUCUUUCGACAGGUCCGAUGUGCUUCGUUAUACUUUGCGAGAUUCCAGCUCCUAGAGUCAGGGGUAUUACGAUUGCCAUUGCGAGUGUGUUGACUUCAAUUACCUCCGUCAUUAUCACGGUCUUGAUUCCAUAUGGUCUGAACAUCGACCAGUUGAACCUAGGAGGAAAGGUCGGGUUCGUGUUCAUGGUUCUCGGAGCUCUUUGCACAGCAUGGUGCUUCUUCUGUUUGCCAGAAAGCAAGGGAAGGACAUUCGAGGAGCUGGAUAUUCUGUUCGAAAAAGAGGUGCCUAGUCGAAAGUUUCAAGAUUAUGAUGUUCUGGGCGAGGAAGAAGAGUGCACGAUUUUGUAUUGAUGGAGAGAGUGUGUGGGGCAUGGAUAUUUUGUAUCAAAAAAAGGCGUUUGCAGGCAUAUAUUGGGUUGCAUUGGCUGGCGUUUAUGGAGGGAGUGGGCAUUAUUGGUUGAUGCAUACAUGAUGGGCAUGAGCGAUGUCAAUGAAUGAUAUUUGAAUUCCUGGUUCGUAAUGGCUUUCGCUCUCUCCG